CAAAAAUGUCGGAAACAAAACCUAAAACUGGCAAAGGAAAACUGCCUCCAAUUGAUCCAAAUGCCACAGGAGAUGAUGCAGAUAAACCCAAAAAGAAAGUUGUGAAAAAGAAGAAGAAGCCUGUCGAGGAAUUAGCAGCGGAGGGUGUCGAACCACCAAAACGUACUCCACGAAAGAAGAAAGCAGCAAGUGCAGACUCGACUGCUGGGGAAGGCGCGGAGACAACUGCUCCUAAAAAGAAGAAACGGGCGCCUAAAAAGACAGAUAAAGAAGGGGAUCCAUCUUCAGCCAGAAGUGCUACAAGUCAGGGAGAGGAUGUGAAUGGAAGUAAAGCAAGCUUGAUAAAGUCACCAAAAGAUGGAACGCCCAGGAAGAAAAAAACAAAAAAGAAGGAUAAGAAAGCUGAGCGUGGGGAAACAGAGGCUGGGUUUGACAAUACCCUGACAGCUGAGCUAACAGACCUUCAGGAUGACAUAAUACCUCACGAUGCUAAGCGAGAUGAGGAGGAAGAAGAGGAAUAUAAGAAACCGUAUGCAACAGGAUCGCAUGCUGUACGCUCACAACCAACAGAGAAAUUCUAUAUUGAAACUGAUGGAGGAUUUAAGGGUGAAAACAAGAACAGGUUUGCGAAAAGACAAUUAGAAGAAGCUAAAGAAAAGGCCAUAGUUCAUGAAGAACCCAAAAAUACAACCAUGGAAUUUGCUCUCACAACACAGAAAGUUAUACGGACAUUUAGCUUAUUUUGUCAUGGACUUCUAGCAGGUUUAUCUGUAUGGCAUAUUGUUAUGGCAUACGUAUUGUUAGACUUUCCGCUCCAAGAUUUUAUACUACAUUAUGGAAAACUAGCACUUCCAGUUCAGUGUAUAUUCUUCAUAUUACUGCUCAUAUGUACAGUAUCAGCUCUUGACAGGUUUGAUGUAGCCAAUCCACGAGGAGGGUUUGUGUUAAAGGCGCUCACACUUCAGAAUGGGACGGUCUCGGUGGUCUUCUAUUUUGCUGCCCUUCUUGUGAGCCUAUCCAACGCUGCCUUAGAAGACAAGAUACACCUGUAUGACCAGCAGUUACGCAAUCUUACAGUCAAUGAGGAGUUGCUGACGUUGGGUGAUGACGAGUUGCAGCUAUGGCGGAACCUGAAUACAUCUCGGAAUGUCCUGAGCGUCAUUGGCUGGUUUGUUAUCUCUCUUACACCGCUCACAGAUCGCCUCACAGAUAACCUCAAACACACAGACGAAGAUGAUCUGCUUGGAGUGGAAGUGGAAACAAACAAGUCUGCUAUUGCUUAACAUGCAAAUUAUUUAUUAGUGUUUGACAAAUAUAUUAUCGUUCACUAGAGUGAUGAUGCUGUGCGUACAACAUUUAUCGUGAUCGAACCUCUGAUGAAUGAGAAAGGACAAAUGAGACGCAGAGGAAAUAUAGUGUUAUAUUAAAUAAUUUGUUUUACAUAUCAUAUUUUAUACUGAAAAUAAUAGAUCUGAAUUUGAAAAUAUUUAUAAUCAAUACUUGUACUGUUUACUGUUUAGAAUAUCAAUUUCUUAGGUACUAGCUUUGUGUGAAUGGUUUGUGUAUUAAUAAUAGUGGAACUUGGGGGAUUUCCUUACCUUGGCCACCAUGACUCUUAUUUCAUAGAUUAUGAACCUCUUGAAUUUCUUCGAUCUUAAUUCCAGUGCAUGGACAUAUCAGAACAGAUAAGUGAAUGAUAUGCUUUUUGCUAUUAGAAUAACAUGUUCGUGAUUUUUAUGUAUUCCGUCCAUAUUAUGAAAGUUAACUUCCUGUUGCCCAAUUAUAGUUAUACCCCCACAAACAAAGUUUGAGGGGGUAUAUAGGAGUGAGCUUGUUGGUCGGUCGGUCUGUCUGUCGGUCGGUCUGUCGGUUUUCAUGGUUUCCGGAUGAUAACUCAUGAAAGGCUAGACAGAUUUGAACAAUUUUUGGUACACAGGUGUAACAUCAGAAGAUACAGGUCAAGUUCGAUAUUGGGGCUGGUGGGGUCAAGGUCACUGUUACUAACAAUAGAAAAACGGUUUCCGGACGAUAACUCAUGAAAGGCUAGUUUUUCUUGUCAUUAGUGUAACUUCUAAAUUACUCAACAGAUUUAAAUAAAACAAUACAUGCAUGAUAAAAGAAGAUGCAGUGUGUAGUAACCUUGGAGUUAUGGCCUCUUUUCAAAGGAAUGGUUUGCCAUUCCUGUGUCCAGGCGGCAUUUGGGGGUAUUCGUCACUCCGGUGACAGCCCUAGUUUGUUUUAAAAACAAUUGUUUGGUUUGUGAUUAGUUAAAUGUAAAAUCAAUUCAAUCAAUGAAUUAUUAAGACACAUAAAUUAUGCAUAACAUGUAGGCUGUGAAUGUCUCUUGUAUAUGUUUUUAUGGCAGCAGAUGUUUACUUACUACAUUUAUUAUUUAACUUCAUUUAACAAUCUCUUAAGCAUUGUGUACCUUUUAAAGUGUUGGAGAGUUUUGAAUUUUGAGUUGACCCAGUCGGACAGCCCUUUUAGCAUUUUUUAGCUAAAAUAGUUCAUUGUAUAGAUUUAAAGGUUGUGCAUUUUUAAACAAUGUAGUUAUUAUGGAUUUUAAAUA